CUUUUCCCCGUUUCGCUAACCGAGUCGCGACUUGGUUCCCCUUUUGGCACUGAGUCAUGACUCGGCCACGCGACAUCAUGAUCACGCCCCCAUUCGACUCGGUAUUGCAUAAAUUCCCCAAUGAGGCUUUCUCGGAAGUUCAACCUUUAACCAAACAAACUUUUUCGCCUCUGUUAUUAGAUGCUUCUCUGAAACCCGCGUUUGCGUUCGUACGUUUUUUCGUUUUUGGUGGAAAUGGCCGAAACUCGCGACGCCGCCGCCGUCGAUGGAGUUCCCGGAACGCCUGCCAUAAGGGAAGUGAAUUCCGGUGGGAUUAGAAGGGUCAAUUUCAGAGCAGAGAUUGACACGUCACCACCGUUCGGGUCGGUGAAAGAGGCCGUGACCCGUUUUGGAGGUAGCGGGUCUUGGAUACCACACUUUAACAGCAUUGAGGAUUUUGACAUAAAGAAAGUGGAGGAACAAGCAGCGGAGUUGGAGAAGGAUUUGAUUGUCAAAGAACUUGAAACACUUGAUGUGCUUGAAGAACUUGGUGCUACCAAGAGGAUUGUGGAGGACUUGAAGCAGCAGCUACAGAAAGAGGCAAUGAAAUGUUUUGCAACUCGGGACGUAAGUUCAUAUGCUGGAACUCCUCUUGCUAAGGAGAUGGAUAAAGAAAAUUAUGGAAAUAUUGUCAAUGAUCAAGAACUGACAAUGCAAAUUCCAAGUCCUUGCUCUAUGUCAUCACCUGAUAUGAUAUUAAUGGAGUUGAAACAAGCCAAAUUGAACCUAGGGAAAACGAUAAAUGAACUUGGGGUAAUACAGUCCUCUGUUGAAUCUUUGAAUAAGAAGAUGAAAAAGGAGAAAAUUUUUCUGGAGAGGACACGUGAAAAACUAGCAUCAAAGUUUGCAUCUGUCUCUGCAAAAGAGAGGGCCCAAGAGCAAACAAGAUUGAAUCAACCUGGGUCUCAUGUCGAGUGCACUUCUGAUAAUACUGCAAAUGUUACGAAGAAUUUCAAUUCUGAGCAGUGCAAUAGGAUGGUUGAAACAAGAAGAUCUGAAAUUUCAAAGCCCUUAACUGUUUAUGAAGAACAUGGGUAUAAUGUUAAGACUGCUGAGAUGAGGUGGCUUGCAGCUAAAAAGAUGGAAGAAGCAGCUAAGGCAGCAGAAGCUAUUGCUCUUGCUGAAAUCAAAGCUCUAUCUAGUGCUGAGAGAUCAUUGGGGUUUGCUCUGCCAGAACCUGAGAAAAUCACUUUCACUUUAGCAGGGCGCUCUCCCUUAAAUCCCAAGGCUCAGAUACUUGAGGAAUCGACCUUGAAGAAGGUGAUGGAUUCUAAGUUUCAAAUCAAUGAAUCAAAUAUUUCUAAACUGACUAUUUUGAAGAAGUUGGAAGAAGCAACAAAAGAAGUUCUACUCAGCAAACAAGUCUUGACAGAUGCUUUAAACAGAGUUGAAACUGCAAACAGAAAGCAACAUGCUGCUGAGGAGGCGCUACGGAGAUGGAUUCCGGAGGAUGACCUUAAGGAGUAUCACUCUAAAAAUUGCAACAAGUUCACUCAAGCUGGAAUCUGUCAAGAUUCAUUGCCAGAGGUAACCAGGUCAACAAUACCAAACAAUAAUCCAAAGCCUGUUUUAAGGCCCACAAUUUCAAUGAGAGAUGUACUUAGCAGAAAGCAGGUUUCUGAAGGAUAUGCCACAAGAAAGGAGAUGGAAGAGCACACUGAAAGACAAAAGGUAGCAUUGAGUCAAAUGCUUCAAGCACUGAGGGAUGAUCUAACUCUUCCAGCAAAGACUGAGAAAGAGGGGAGUGAUCAAAAGCAGUUCAUGGGACACAGGAAGAAAUUUGGAUUCAUCCAAAUAUCACUCCCCUUGGCGAAGCCAAGUAAGAGGAGGACAUGAAAUUUCAAUCCUCAUUCCCUAUGCAGCGAGGAAUAGCCAUUAUUCAUGCAUCUUUAUGUCUUCCUAUGUCAUUCUUUAUUGGUUCAUGCGUUUACUUUCGUGUUAUUUAUGUAGAAAGUUGUGUGGGCGUUUUUGAUUUUGUAAAAUAUGUUGUGUUUGAGUGAUGAUUGCCUAGCUAGCUUUGAUGGAGCUAGUAGAUUAUGUGUUCUCGUUGGAUGCAUAAGAGUGACGGGGAAUUUAUCC